UGAUGAGAAGCUUUUUGUGUGGCAACCGAUCAGUGGAGGCUGUGCUUCUGGCAACCAACUGGUUUUUGCAGUUCAUCAUCAUCAUCAAAAGCUGCCGGCGUUUGUGAAAUACAAAGUGGAAGUGUUUAAACAUCAGCACCCUCACAAAAAUCAUUUACCCGACAAAUAUGCAUCCAAGAACAAUCUCCCACCUCAUCAGACGGUCAACAAGAACCACCCAUCACCAUCAUCAUCAUCACUACUACUACCACUACUACUCAACCCAAUCACCAAAAACAACAACAACUAUCAACAACAACAACAACAACAACAACAACCCAAUCUCAAGACCACCAGCACAAGCCACUCAACCAUACCCAGAACAUCAUCAUCAGCACCAGACUAUCAAACCACCGACCAUCAACGGAGGUCCAAUCGAUCUCUACCAGGAAAGAAUCAAAGCCGGCCUACUCAACUAUGACCCAUUCCAAGUCUCAAUCCUCAACCAACUCCAAGAACUCUAUCAGACCCUAGCCGAUUAUCAUCCACAAUCAUCAUCAUCAUCAUCAUCAAACCAGCACCACCAAUCAUCUUCAUCAUCUAGCUGGUUUAGGAGUCUGUUCUCUCAAUCUACUCACUCGGAUAACUUCAACAAUGUCUCACUCGAGCCGACCUCUGAUCUACCAAGUGGGAUUUAUCUUUACGGCUCAGUAGGAACAGGAAAAUCAAUGCUGAUGGAUUCAUUCUACGAGUCCUUGAAGAACUUGCCUAACCAGGCCUCGCUGCCGGCCAAGAGGAUCCACUUCCAUCAGUUCAUGGUCGACAUCCACAAGCGGAACCACAAGCUACAGAGCGAGCUCCACAGGGACGGUCAGCUUGGUCAGGCUGAUGUCUUGAUCACUAUCGCCAGGGAAAUCGCACAGGAAUGUAAGGUGCUCUGUUUCGAUGAGUUUCAGGUCACCGAUAUCGUAGACGCCAUGAUCUUGAAACGUCUCUUGGAAGGCUUAUUACAUUAUGGAGUAGUGACGAUCAUGACUUCCAAUCGACAUCCAGAUGAGCUGUACAAGAACGGGAUCCAACGGGAGUCGUUCCUAGGAUGUAUCGAAUUAAUCAAACGACGGACGCGGGUGAUCGACCUGAAUUCGGGCACGGACUAUCGGAAGCAAUUAGGGAGCAGUGGGGGCGGUCUCUCGACGGUCUUCUUGAGUCCGAUCAGUGCCGAGAACCGGGCCGAGUUCGCCAAGCGCUUCGAUGCCCUCACCGAUCACGAGCCCAUCCUCGAGAACCGCCUCCUGCCCAUCUGGGGCACCCGCCAUAUUCCCGUCCCGCUCAGCACUUCCUCCGUCGCUUGGUUCGACUUCAAUCAGCUCUGCGCUUUCCCCCUGAGUGCCGCCGAUUACCUCCAAAUCGUCUCCAAAUUCAACGUCCUCUUCAUCAAUAACGUCCCCAAAUUAUCUAGCUCUCAACGCGACUUUGCUCGUCGAUUUAUCUUAUUCCUAGAUGCCGCAUACGAAAGCAAGACCAAACUGUUUACGCUAUCAGAAGUUCCCAUUGCGCAGAUCUUUUCGGGUGAGUCGAGUUCCUCAGAGGCGAUGACGGCGGAAAUGCGCGCGGCAAUGGACGAUCUGGGAUUGGAUUCGAAGACGAUCGGGGCCUCCUCACUGUUCUCUGGCGAGGAGGAGACCUUCGCAUGGGCCCGCGCGGUGUCCCGGCUUAACGAGAUGGGCUCCCUCCAAUGGUCCCUCUCCUCCAGCCCUUCCUCCUCCUCCUCCGAUCAAUCCACUCGUCCUAAACCGUUUGCUCAUCCUGGCCAUCCUCAUGCCCCGGCUCCUGUCGGCGCUUCCGAUCUCGUCUCGGUCGUCCAGGACGGCGAUGGCUCUGAACUCUUGACUCAUUAAUUCAUUCUGACUCUUCUCGUUUCCUUUUUUUAAAAAAAACUAAUCUUAAUCUUUCUGCAAGUUCCUCGGAGUGCUCUUUUCAUCUCACUUCUUCAAACUUAAUCAUUCGUCCUCUUGAGUCUCUCCAUGGCCACCAGUAGAAUCAGCUUAUUCACUACUGCUCACUCAUCACAUGCAGUGCUUUCCUCGUUGUACUUUUUAUGCUUUGCUUUUGCAUCCUGGUUCAAAUAUAAACAAACCAUCUCCACAGUACUUGUAUCUUUUUAUUUUCAUCUGAAUCUCUUUUUUUCCUUUUCCGGUGGAGGCAAUGGAAAGAAAACUUGUCAUGAACUUGGA